AAAAAAAUUAGGGCUAAGCUCGCCCCUUCACCAUUUCGCUACACUGUGUAAGCAAACCGUGGAAGACGCUGAGAACGUACGAAGAGGAGGAAGAAGACGAAGAGAGAGCGAAUGGUGUAGAAGUAAAGGAGCGCACUUUUAGGGUUUCGUUGUCUUCUUCCUCUUCUCCUGUCUCUGUAGCUCCUCAACUCUCACAGGACGAAGCCACCAUCUACUCAACAAGGUUACUGAGGAAAUGCCUCUGAGAGUUCGUUUGAAGACGAGUGAGAGGAGUAGAGUAAGGGUGAAGGGGAUUGGGGGCGGCUCUAAGCUUGGUGAUGGGAAGAAGAGUAAGAGCCGAGAAGGAGCGAAGAGACUCAGUAGUAAAAAUGCUCCGAAGGGUAUGGAUUUCAACGGCGAUUCUUUUAAGAGAGGGAGAAAGGAGAAAACCGAAUCGAGUUUAGCAGUACGGAAGGGAAAGUUUGGAUCUUUUAAUACUGGGAGUAAGAAGAAGACCAAGAAUGCCGAAUUUUCCGAUAGAAUUGAAGGAGGCAAGCUGAGAGUGAAAGGUGGUAAGAGUUUUGAAAUAUCUAAGAAAAGAAUUAGAGCAAAAGGGAAGGGGGUGGAUGAAAUUGCACUGAGUGGUCAAUCUAAGCGUGGUGCGAAGAAUAUGGCACUGGAGGGACGUGAGAAAAGCGAAGGAGAUGUGGAUCCAGUUGAGGAGCAGAAAAUAUAUAGGUCUCCGUCUAGAGUGCUUGACAAAACUGGAAAGAAGAUUCGGGUUAGUAGAAAGGGUUCUUCGGAUGAGAGCAAUGCAGAGACAAGUGCUCCGAAGAAGAGGAAGCGUGUUAUCAAGUUGGAUCCCUAUGACAUCUCGAACAAACGAUUGGAUGAUACUCCUCGCCAAAGUGAGAAUGUUGCAGAGACAAAGACUGAAAUGUCGAAGAAUGCUCAGUUUCGUGCAAUACAACCAAGUUCUUCAAUUCUUUCAUUUGUGGAAGAUAAUCUAUUGGGUCGGAGGCGGUUGAUUGAGUUACAGAAUGCUGGUUACAAUGUCAAGCUUUCAGCUCCUCUGGAUAAUAUUCCCUUCUCAACCAGUAAUGAAAGAGAACGGAUUGAAGAAAAUAUUUUCAGAAACAAGUUGGAGUUUUUUGCUGCUGCAAAGAUCUCCUCAUCUUUUCCUCCACCUAUGAUUCCAGAGAUAGCAUUUGCUGGCAGAUCGAAUGUUGGAAAAUCGUCAUUACUUAAUUCUCUUACUAGACAGUGGGGUGUAGUUCGAACGUCAGAUAGGCCUGGACACACUAAGACUAUUAACUUUUUCCGGCUUGCCUCAAAGCUUUGUUUGGUUGAUUUGCCUGGAUAUGGUUUUGCUUACGCAAAGGAAGAAGUAAAAGAUGCGUGGGAAGAGCUUGUGAAAGAGUAUGUUUCCACAAGGGUUGGUCUACAAAGAGUGUGCCUCCUUAUUGACACCAAAUGGGGCAUGAAGCCAAGGGACCAUGAACUUGUUGAGUUAAUGGAAAGAUCUCAAACGCCGUACCAGAUAGUAUUGACCAAGACUGAUGUAGUUUUCCCAAUAGAUGUUGCUCGUCAGGCUAUGCAAAUUCAAGAGAACCUCAAGAAGAACAAGUCAAUAGUUAACCCUGUGGUGAGUUUAAUCUCCGUCUCUCCAUUAAAAUGAUGAAGUGGUACUGGCUCCAGCAUAAUACCAACUUGACGUGUUCGAUAGUGUUGUAAAAAUAUCGAUCAUGCUCGUGUUCUUAAUAAUCAUUGAUUCUUGAGUUUGAACCUGUCCUCCGCUUGAGUUGUAACAUAGAGAAGUUCCCCGAUCAAAUACAGAUCCACAAAGGAAAGGAUAAAAAUAAAAACAAAAAACUCCUAGACCAAUUUUGGGAUUGGGUACCUUUGUUUCUUUUUAUAUCUCCCCAAGUUCUAUGUGAUCAAGGAGAUGAUUGUUUGUAAACUCUUCAUAGAUUUUGCUUGGCAACAGCUCUACAUGCCUUUUAGUCUGAAUUAAUUUUGGAGUCAGCUCUAUGAAUUCUA